GAGAACAUAUUUGGGAUGGAUGAGUCUGGGUUUCCUCCAGCCAAUAAUAGUAUGAGGUGUGUUAUUGGAGCUAGAGGGAAAAGGAUUCAGCACAAGCAAGGAGGGGCAAAUAGAGAGACUGUAACUGCUAUUGUUACAAUCUGUGCUAAUGGCACUUACCUGAAGCCAGUUAUCAUCUUCAAAGGUCAGAAUAUCUGGUUUACUUGCUCUCCUAAUGGCUGGACUGACAGUGAAAUUGCUCUAGACUGGUUCCAGAAUUGUGAGGGAUUACCAUAUAUAGUAGACCAUACAUAG